CCAAGCCCAAGGCAGAGCGAUGUUCAUUUCUCCUGUGCGCACAGCUCUUGUAUAAAUUGACCAGAGCUUGACUCUGUUCUCAGUCAGAUAGAGUUAGUCGAGUUGGUUUCUACUCAGUGGAUGCGGAUCAGAAUUGAGAAUUUCAAGACCUAACAAUGUUGAGAAUUGCUUUGGUGGUGAUUCUGUUCCAGGUUUUUCUGCAAUCUGUUAUUACAGAAGCACUUUGCUGUGAUAUCAGAUCUGAUAUAAAAAAUCGUACCCUCGCUUACAACUUAUUGUGUUCAAAACAAGAUCAAAAGCUUGGGUCAUGCUGUCGUGUCAUAGAACAGGAAAUUCGCAGACAGAAAUUGGCGCUCAAAAUAUUGUGUCUAAACAACGAAACCAACCAUUGCAAGACAAACCCUUGCGACUUCAAUGCUGUUUGUGUCGGUCACUGUGACCACUACACAUGCACCUGUAAACCUGGUUAUACUGGUCCAGGAACCAAUUGUACAAAGAUCGACCCUUGCUCGUCCAAUCCUUGCGGCUUCAAUGCUAUAUGCACCAGCCAUUCAACUUACUACACAUGCACCUGUAAACCUGGUUAUACUGGUCCAGGAACCAAUUGUACAAAGAUCGACCCUUGCUUGUCCAAUCCUUGCGAUGUCAACGCUGUUUGUGUCAGUAACACUUACAAGUACACAUGCACCUGUAAACCUGGUUAUACUGGUCCAGGAACCAAUUGUAAAGUUAUUUCGGGAAAAAGUUGUGCUGAUCUCUAUAAAUUAGGAGUGAGGCAAGAUGGCGUAUAUACCAUCAAUCCUGAUGGCCUGGGAUCGUUUCAAGUCAGAUGUGAUAUGAGCAAAGACGGGGGUGGCUGGACCGUGUUUCAAAGAAGACAAGAUGGAAGUCAAGAUUUCUACCUUGGAUGGUCAGACUAUAAAGCAGGCUUUGGUGAUCUUGACGGCGAGUUCUGGUUGGGUCUUGAUAAAAUACAUCGUUUAACCAAAUCAGGGCAAAAUGUUUUACGAGUUGAUUUGAUGGAUUUCAAUGGCGCCGAGGCCUACGCUAAAUAUGAAAGCUUUAGUGUGGCUGAUGAAUCAGACAAAUACAGAUUGACUAUUGGCAAUUAUUCAGGUGACGCAGGUGAUUCUCUGGCUUAUCAAAAUCAAAUGAAGUUCUCUACCAAGGAUAGCGACAAUGAUGCUUGGAGUAAGGAUUGUGCUACGACCUACAAAGGAGCUUGGUGGUACAAGGGCUGUCAUUAUUCCAACCUCAAUGGCCUGUACCUGGGUGCAGGUCAGAUUAGUCACACUGGAAUAAAAUGGCACUGGUGGCACAGUCAUUCAAUGAAAAAGACAAUGAUGAAAAUUCGUCCAAACAAGUUUUAUCUUCGAGACCUAACAAUGUUGAGAAUUGCUCUGGUUGUGAUUCUGUUCCAGGUUGUUCUGCAAACUGGUUGCACAGAAGCACUUUGCUGCGAUGAUAUCAGAUCUGAUAUAAAAAAUCGUACCCUCGCUUACAACUUAUUGUGUUCAAAACACGAUCCACAGCUUGGAUCAUGCUGUCGUGUAAUAGAACGGAACAUUCGCAGGCGUAAAUUGGCGCUCAGAAUACUGUGUCCAAACAACGAAACCGACCAUUGUAAGUCAAACCCGUGCGGUCCUAACGCUAUUUGUGUCAGUCACUCUAACCACUACACAUGCACCUGUAAACCUGGUUACACUGGCCCAGGAACCAAUUGUACAAAGAUCGACCCUUGCUCGUCCAAUCCUUGCGGCUUCAAUGCUAUAUGCACCAGCCAUUCAACUUACUACACAUGCACCUGUAAACCUGGUUAUACUGGUCCAGGAACCAAUUGUACAAAGAUCGACCCUUGCUCGUCCAAUCCUUGCGAUGUCAACGCUGUUUGUGUCAGUAACACUUACAACUACAAAUGCACCUGUAAACCUGGUUAUACUGGUCCAGGAACCAAUUGUACAGUUAUUACCGGAAAAAGUUGUGCUGAUCUCUAUAAAUUAGGAGUGAGGCAAGAUGGCGUUUAUACCAUCAAUCCUGAUGGCCAGGGAUCGUUCCAAGUCAGUUGUGAUAUGAGCAGAGACGGAGGUGGCUGGAUCGUGUUUCAAAGAAGACAAGAUGGAAGUCAAGAUUUCUAUCGUGGAUGGUCAGACUAUAAAGCUGGCUUUGGUGAUCUUAACGGCGAGUUCUGGUUGGGCCUUGAUAAAAUACAUCGUUUAACCAAAUCUGGCCAGAAUGUUCUGAGAGUGGAUUUGAUGAAUUUCAAUGGCACUGAAGCUUACGCUAAAUAUAGAAACUUUAGUGUGGCUGAUGAAUCAGACAAAUACAGAUUGACUAUUGGCAAAUAUUCAGGUGACGCUGGCGAUUCUCUUGAUUAUCACAAUCAAAUGCAGUUCACUACCAAGGAUAGCGACAAUGAUGCUCGGUGGAGUAGUAAUUGUGCUAGCACACACAAAGGAGCUUGGUGGUACAACUACUGUUUUUAUUCCAACCUCAAUGGCCUGUACCAGGGUGCAGGUGGUUUUAAUAGUGAAGGAAUAAUCUGGUAUCAUUGGAAAAAUUCUUACCGACAUUCUUUAAAAAGAACGGAGAUGAAAAUUCGUCCAAAUUUGUUUUAAAAUAAAGACGAGUUUUAGGAGAGACAUAAACAUAUUUACGUCGAAGAAAAUCAAGUCAUUUCUGAAUCGUUAGCAGAACAAUGGGAAUUUUUAUUUUAGAAACUAUAAUGUUUUAGAAAUAGUUAACCGGGAGCUAUAAUAAACUGAAAGAUAAAUUA